AUGCAGGACGGUGGGGAGCGCCUUCGUAGACAAAGGCAAGUCCUUCUCCUCUUUGUUUUUCUAGGUGGGUCUUUGUCUGUGUCCCAGUCUGGUCGCUAUUCUGUAGCUGAGGAAAAAGAGAGGGGAUUUCUAAUAGCCAAUCUAGCAAAGGAUCUGGGCUUGAAUGUAGGAGAAAUGGCUGUGAGAAGGGCCCAAGUUGUUUCCAAAGGAAGCAAACAGCAUUUCCAGCUCAAUCAUCAGACAGGCGAUUUGCUCCUGAGUGAGAAAUUGGACCGGGAGGAGCUGUGCGGCCUCACAGAGCCAUGUAUACUGGACUUUCAGGUGCUGCUGCAAAACCCUUUCCAGUUGUUUACAAACGAGCUCCAAGUCAUAGAUAUAAACGACCAUUCUCCUGUAUUCCUCGAAAGGGAAAUGCAGCUAAAAAUACCAGAAAGUAGUCCACCAGGAACAACAUUUCCUUUGGAAAAUGCUGAGGACUUGGAUGUGGGAAGAAACAGUCUCCAAAACUACACAGUCAUUCCUAACCCCCAUUUCCACGUUCUCACACUCAGUCGUCGAGAUGGAAGGAAAUAUCCAGAACUAGUACUGGACAAAGCGCUGGAUCGCGAGGAGCAGCCUGAAUUCAGUUUAACACUUACAGCUCUAGAUGGUGGAUCUCCACCACGCUCAGGGACAGCCCAGAUCAACGUCCUGGUCUUAGACAUCAAUGACAACGCCCCUGAAUUCUCACAGUCUCUCUAUGAGGCCCAGGUUCUAGAGAACAGUCCACUCAACUCAGUCAUUGUCACUGUCUCGGCUACCGAUUUAGACACAGAAAACUUUGGAACCAUAACAUACGCAUUUUCCCAUGCUUCUGAGGAAAUUCGCAAAACUUUCAAACUAAAUUCCAUUACUGGUGAUAUCCAACUAGUAAAAUAUUUGAAUUUUGAGUCAAUUCAUACUUUUGAAGUCGAUGUAGAGGCCAAGGAUGGUGGAGGCCUUUCGGGAAAAUCAACAGUCAUAAUUCAGGUGAUAGACGUGAAUGACAACCCACCAGAACUGACCUUAUCGCUGCUUAACAGUCCCAUCCCAGAAAACUCGCCGGAGACAGUGGUAGCUAUUUUCAGAAUUUCAGAUCCAGACUCUGGAGACAAUGGGAGGAUGAUGUGUUCCAUACAAGAGGAUCUUCCCUUCGUCCUAAAACCCUCUGUAGAGAAUUUUUACACUCUUGUGUCAAAAGAAGCGCUGGACAGAGAGAAAAGAGCUGAGUACAACAUCACCAUCACCGUCAGUGACUUGGGCACCCCCAGGCUGAAAACCGAGCACAAGAUAACCGUGCUGGUCUCCGACGUGAAUGACAACGCGCCCACCUUCUCCCAAGCCUCCUACACCCUGUUCAUCCGCGAGAACAACAGCCCCGCCCUGCACAUGGAAUAUGUGACAUGA